CGGACGGCGAGACAGAGACAGAGACAGAGAGAGAGAGAGAGAGAGAAAAGUCUCGAGGAGGUGUCGUCUCUUCGUCCUGACAUGGAAGAACGAUCCCUUUUCUCGAUAUCGACGGGCUGCAUCUACGUCGAAUCGAUCGACGAAUCGUUAAGGUUUCGUACAAUCGACACGAGAGAAUUAGAACCGUGAGGAGUAUAAGGGAAAAAGCGGUAAAGGUGGAGGUGGAGGAGGGCGGAGGACGGUCGCGUCGUCGUCGAGGAGUUCGACGAUUGAAAAUUAUGUUCAAACUGAAUGUUACGGGAGUGGCGAAGAAGAAGAAGAGGAAUUCGAUCGGGCUAUCUUGCUCGUGUAGAGAAAAAGGGAUCGAGGAGAAGGAGGAAGACGGGGAGGAGGUCGUCACCGGCUUUGCCGUCCUCGUCGUCCUCGUCGUUGACGUCGUUGACGUCGUUGACGUCGUGGACGUCGUUGACGUCGUUUCGUCGUUCGAAAACGUUAGAUUUCACGAUUCCCGUGAAAGUCUCGGCGACUCUCGCUGCCGCUCUCGUAUCAUCUUCAUUUCUCAUCGAGACGAAGAAGACGAAGAGAAAAAGAAGGAGAAGAAGAAGGAUACCGGUGAACUUCGAUAAACGAGAGGCCAACGAGAGAGAGAGAGAGAGCGAUAGGCCUCGUUUUACGACGAAUCGUGAACGAAGAGAAAGAAAAACUCCAAUUUCGGAAGUGCUUCGGAAGAAAGUAGUUUGGUGAAAACUUGUGCUCGCUAUUAUUUUCUUCGGCUAUUAUCGUUUUCGUUUCGUUUCGUUUCGCUCUCUUCUUUUCUUCUUCCUCCUCUUCCUUUCUUCUCUUUCUUCUUAUACGGUGAAUGUACGUAGAGAAAAAUCGUCGUUCCCCGUGAGUUCGGUGAACUCGUGCAUCUUUGUUCUAACGUGACUCGUUCGGCAGAGGUGUCUUUGGAUUUUCAGACAUUUUGCACGGAUCUUCCCCGGCAAUGCGACGCCGCGCCUAUUCUCCGUGAGAGGAGGCACAUGUCCAUUGCUACGGCUGAAAAUGCAGGGCCUAGCCCGUGUGAACUGCUGGACCCGCUGUGGGUCAAAAUGAGCGCGAUCACCGGUAGCAUCGGCAAGAAAAGAAAGAAAUCGGAUGCCAAACCGCAAUCGCAGAUUAACAAGUGCCUUAACGAAAAACGACGACGUAACCAGGAGAACCUGUAUUUCGAUGAGCUUGCCGAGCUGAUUUCCGCCACGGACAUGAGCUCUGGCAAGACCGACAAAUGUCAGAUCCUUCAGAGAACCGUCGAUCAGAUUCGGCACAUCAGGCAACAAGAGGGUUCCAACAGUCAUGCCGUGCAACAAGGGGAAGUAUCUUCGUCGAAUCCUAACAUACUGUCCAACGAUCAAGUUGGCCCUAUCUUAUUGGAGGCGUUAGACGGCUUCCUGUUCGUCUUAAAUAGCGAGGGACGAGUGGAAUACGUAACGGAUAACAUUACCCAGUAUAUCAAUUAUACGAAGGACGAUGUAUUGGGAAAGGAUAUAUAUAAUAUCAUACAUCAUGGAGAUCACAACACCUUCAUGCCUACGUUGUUGCCCAUGUCAUUAGGCUGGACGAGCGAGCCGCAGCCUCAAACGAGGAAUCGUACUUUCAAUUGCCGCUUCCUGGUAAAGCCUCCCGAUGACAAAGACGAGACGAUGGAGGAGAAGCAACAACGGGUAUCGAAAUACGAGUCCAUGCAAAUCUGUUCGGCGCUAUUGCCGAGUAAUACCGAGCGACUCGAGAGCGGCGACGUGUCCUCCGAAUCGCCAGACAUCGGUCCUUGCGUAAUGUGCGUGGCACGUAGAAUACCACCGAACGAGAAGCCCGUAGGUACACCGAUCGAGCAAUUCACCGUUAAAUUGGAUACAGCGGGCAAGAUCAUCGCGGUCGACGUUAGUUGGUUGUCGUCCGCUUAUGCCAAGUAUCUGACCAAGGUAAGGGACUUGAUCGGUACGACGAUAAAGGAUUUGUGCCACCCUCAUGAUCUCAAUAAUUUAACUGCACAUUUGAACGAUACGCUUCAAGUCGGAGAGAGUACGAGCGCCGUGUAUCGACUGCGCGUUAGUCCUGAUAAGUUCCUUAAUAUACAAACAAAGUCAAAACUUUUCAAAGCGAAUGUGAUGAACGGCCACGACACGGACUUCAUGAUGGCCACCAAUUCCAUCAUAGGGGACAAUGACUUAACGCCUAUCGAGGGUGGUCAGCUUUCCAACAACAAAGUGUGCUCGGGACAUUCUAGUAACCGUUGUGCGAAUAAUAGUAAUAAUAAUAAUGGUAACAAUAACAAUAACGUGGGUGGUCUGUUGAUGUCCGUGGCACAUCUGAACGGUCAAGUGAGUGGUAUCAGUGGUGGUCGUGGAUUGACGGGGACGACGCACGUUGCUACGUCGUCGAACUCGAUCGCCUUUAGUACCGGCGAUUCUUGCAACUCGUUAGCGUCACUAAGUACGAGUAAUUCGUUCAACCACUUUUCGGGGAGCAUGGACUUGGAAUUCGAGCUCUUCCGCGGUUCGACAUGGGACUUGGACGGUAGCGGUGGUUGGCCGGAAAGGCCCGAGUCGAGAGGAAGCGGGCCAACAGAUUCGCGACCACCCUCUCAGCCAGCCCCGACAUCGCCGAGUCCCCAGGGAGGAGGAACGUUUUCCUCUAAUUCAGCGGUGCCGUCUCACUGCAGUCCCCUACGCGCUUUCAGCCCGUCGUCUUCGGUCAACGCGGCGCACACCUUCAGUAAUUCCUUCCCGUUCAGUCCGCUACAGGAAUCGCAGUCGUCGUCGACGUUGACCGGCAACAACGCGGCUGCGGCCGCCGCUGCCGCGGCCGCGGCCGCGGCCGCUGCCUCGGCUGCCAACAACACCGGCGUCAACAGCAACGUCAAUGGAAACGGCGCCACUUCCGUAGCCAUCGCGGCCGCCGCGACGGCCCCGGUCAUUCUGCCUGGACUCAAUGCCAAGAGGAUCGAGGAAGGAAAGAGCGGAUGCCCUACCAGCGGCACGAUGGACAACGCGACCGCGAGGACGAAUGCCUCCACGCCCGCCGAAACUCAAAAUAGUGUCGUGUCCACCGAGUCCGGUAGACUCAGAAACUUGUUAACGAAAGGCUCCAGUGCUAGUGAGGACAGUCAGGACAAUGCGAAUAACGAUUCGGACAACCAAAACAAACACAGGAUAUUGAAAAUUUUGUUGAAUCAGCAAGACGAGGACGAUUAUCAUUCUGAACAUAACAACAAAAUGAGGACGAGUCCUAGCAACAUGCCAAAACCGAACAUGGAGCAUUCCAAAUCUUCUCUUGGAAAUAAUAUGCUUCUGCAGUUACUAAAUGAGAAAAAUGACGACGAGGACGAGGAGGCCCGGGCCGGAUUGAAAAAGAGGAACGAACUUCUUCAACAGUUAUUGAAGGAUCAGGACGAGGAGAGGAAAUUACAGGAGCAACAGACCCGGGACGACGAUCCUCUUUUGCGGAGUCUUGGAUUUCGGAACAGUACCCCUUCACCGUCACAAUCGGGAAGCGAUCACAGCGGGCUCGGUAGUACCGCUCAAGUGGGUCAGAAAAGACCGGGCGACGAUGGCGAUCUCAAUAUAGCCGUUAAACGGCCGAUGGAUGGUUCGCACCAGGUGUCUUCUACGGGUACCAAUGCUUCGACGAACGCGACGAGCAAACUAUGGGAGAAAAACAAAAUGUUGGCUUCGUUGUUGGCAAAACAACCGCCUCAACCAACAACCAUACCACCUAUUCCCGCGUCUGUGAUAUCGGCAACGCCGCAAGAUAAACUUCCACGUGGCGGUGGUGGUAGCGAUCGCUUAAAGCAACACCAGUCCCAACAGCAACAGCAACAGCAGCAGCAGCAACAACAACAGCAGCAACAACAGCAACAGCAGCAGCAGCAGCAGCAGCAACAGCAACAACAACAGCAACAGCAACAACAACAGCAACAGCAACAGCAACCGUGGACAGGUGGCCACAUGCAAACGGUCGGUGGGAACAAUGCGAUCACAACCACGGCUACUUCGGCUCGUACUCCUCUCCAAAGCCAAUCGAGACAACUACCUCGUCAAGCAACCAACACCUACCUCAGUCACAUGCUAAGUCAGCAACAAAGGCCACAAUUGGGUCAAGUGGAUUCGGAAUUUGGAGAUAGCGGAGAAUACCGUCAAACGUGUACCGACCCAACUACUUGGGAUAACCAAUCGUCCGAUCCAGAUCUCUCCGAUAUUUUGGAUCAAGUUAUCGAAUUUGUUCCGGACGAAGCUAUCACAGAUUCGUCUGCGAUAGCAAACCUCCUGGACGUUAUCGAGGCACCGCAAAACAAUGCCAUGAAUGAAAAAAUGGCAAUAAACGCUAUCCAGAAGUCGUUGAUGUUAUGCGAGACUGCCGUAAAUCCAACGUCUUCCACCAUAACCAUACCUGGCACGCCUCCUGCUUAUUCCACCGCGUUGGUAACGACACCCGUGACGACGAGUCAUAGUUACCAACCACCUCCGAUGUAUCAACAACAAGCGAGGAUGAGGUUCAACGCUCAGUUGGUCGUGAGGCAGACUACCGCGCAGUUUACGCAACAACAGCAGCUGCAGUUACAACAGCAGCGUAGUAAACUGAUACAACAGCAACAACAGCAACAAUUGAAGCAAAGAUUGCUGCAGCAACAACAGCAGCAACAACUGCUCAUCCCAUCGAACGCAACAGCGACGGACCAAAUAACGACUGGCAUACAUAAUAUCGAUAAUCUAUUAAAUAAUACCGUUGCGCCAAACGUAUCUCUACAGCGAUCGAGCGUCCCUGACUCCCAAGUUUCUCCGGGUUACGGGGGAUCCGUCCAGAUCACUUCCGGUCACCGACUCGCUCAUUCGUACUCUCACCCAUCGACGUUACCACAACAUCCCAUUGUGAAUAAUAAUUUUAACAGCGGUCAACAAGUGUCAGCAGCAGCAGCGAGACUCUCGCCGCAUUCUCCUGCGAACAUAUUGUCGUUUUCUCAUCCGCAACCAUUGUCACCUCGGGUAACGCAAGGCAAUUACGGCACCACUCCGAGGUUAUUUAACGUUAACCAGGUGAGAUCUCAGCAACAACCGACCGCGCAACAACAACUACAACAACAGCAGAGGUCGAUGCCUUCGCCUGGAACUCCAGCCUCAGCAAGGCAAUCCCCGUUUCCUGCCGAAACCUUUCCCCCACCUACGUCUCCUACCGCCAGCCAAUUUCCACCCGGUCCAAAUCCUGGUGCUCCUAAUCCUACUGCCCAGUAUCGCUUGCAACGGACCACGUCGACGCCUUCUGCGACGACUCAGUUGCCAGGUGGGGUUGGUUCGCCCCGACACUAUGGCGGAGUGAACAAGGAACAACCUCUUCUUUCACCUAGUCAUCCACAUUCGGGUUGCCCCGCAACACCGACUCACAAUCAACACAAUGCCACCAAUACCCAACACUUCUCGAAUCAACAACAUUCUUCUAUGAUAUACCACACGACCGCCAAUACUAUCAACACACCAGAUAUGCAGAACAAUCAGUUCUGUUACGAUCGGACGUCCGUACCACUCUAUUCUUCUGGGGAUACGCAGGAUGUCAGGUCACUGCCUCCCGGUAAUCCUGUCAAUCACCACAUGGGUGGUAAUGCAAGUACCACCGGAAGUAUGACGUCAGAAUUCGUUCGGCAAGAAUUAAGGGCUAUAGUCGGAGCGAGGACGCAACAACAGCAGCAACAACAAAGGGUACCCAACAGUAUACCUAACAAUCUUUCUGGUCAAGUUUCUCAGGACGAUUUGGAAGCACUUGGUUUGACAUUCGAAAUGUCCACUGCAGGUGAGACUGUGGUUAACGAUGGCCCUGCCAAGAGCUGGGCCAUUGGGAGUACCGGAAGUGCCCCCUCAUCCUCCAGGACUACUAUGGAGGAAGCGGUCCGAGGUGAUCCCAAAUCAUCGUUGCUACAGAAGCUGCUGUCCGAGUGACUGCGGGCUACACUGUUGGACGGUAAAGGAUUAUGUGUGAUAUACGUUUGAAGAGGCAAGAAAAAUAAAUAAAAAGAAAAUACAUAAAUAAGAACGAAGAGAAGAAUAAGAAAAUCGAAGCCUGAAAAGAAAGGCUGCUGUCAAAGAUGCAUUAUACGCGCUAUACGUAAUGGGUACUAUUGUAUUAUAUGUAAACGUUUAACGUACGAAGUCAGUAUUCAGAUACGUAUCACCAAAUACAAUGCAAAGCUCUAGUGCGCGGCGCUCUCUAGAACCUUUUCGUUCAUCGUGAUAAUCCGUGAUGGAAAAGGAGCUUUUUUUCUUGCAAAAACAGCAUCUGUCGUUUUAUCCGAACUCGAAGGACCAAAAGUUUUCGUUUCUACGUUUGGCUGUGUCGAGACUUUUGUUGGUAUUGAUGUGAGUGAGUGCGUACGUGUUACGGCUGUCAUUGUUUGGACCAUUUGUUUAACACAAUAUUGUGUUGUUGAUAUUUUUUUUUUCUUUUUUUUUUUUUUACAAGAAAAAAAAUAUUUACAUGGGCAAAUCAAGAAAGAGAGGAAAAAGAUGAUGAGGCUGUAUGUGACAUAACGAUGGACAUGGGAAUUAACGAUGAGCGUUGAUUAGAUUUAAUUUACUCUAUCUGUUGUAACGAAAGGAAAGGAAUUACGAUAGAAUUGCACGUCGCCAUGCUACAAUAAUUCAUUAUUUUAUAUAUAUAUGUAUAUAUAUAUAUGUGUGUGUAUAUAUAUGUGUGUGUGUAUGUGUGUAUAUAUAUAUAUAUCAUUAUAUAUAUAUAUAUAAACACGUUAUACACAAUACAGAGACACGUACACAAAACACACAAAACACACGUUCACAUAUAGAAAACCUUUCUCGGGGCGUCCCAGCUUCUUCGAGCGAUAUUAGAUGUAUAAAAAGUAUAAUAUCGGCGAUGAAUUCACGUUUUACUCCCCGAAUCAAUGGCGCACGUGUUCUCCGUCGAUAUUUUGUUUGAUAUCGCUGAAAGAAAAGAAAACUACGUAGGUACCUCAAAGGUAUACUUUACUAUACCACUGGCUGUUGAACAUAAAACUAUUUAUAGGUUUAAUUAUUGUACACAGAAGAAUAGAGCACUAUCAUGUAUUCUCUUAAUUUAACAUCUUUUUGACUAUUACAUUAUGAAUAAUAUAUUUGUGAUUGUAAGAAUCUGCAACCAAAAUGUGACAAAGAAUACUUGUUGUUGUUAAUAUGAUUAUAACUAUUAUUAUUUUAUUUUAUUUUAUUAAUAUUAUUGACAUCAUCAUUAUCACUAUUACCAAUAUUAUUGUUGCAAUUACUAUAUUAUUAUAAGAUUAAGGUUUAUUAUUAUUAUUAUUAUUAUUAUUAUUAUUAUUAUUAUAUUAUUAUUAUUAUUAUUAUUAUUAAUAUUAUUAUUAUUUUAUUAAUAUUGAUAUUAUUGAACACUUGGCGUAUGCGUAUUUCUAUUUGAUAGUAAGAGUACCUUUAUAUCAAUAUAAAUAUAUUGUAUGAAUGUAUAUGUAUAUAUAUGUAUAUUAAUUUAUAUACGUGUUAUAUAUAAGUAAUUGCUCGAUAGAUUAUUUAUAUAUAAUUACUAUAUAAACUUACGUAUAUUUAUAUAUGUAUACGUGUGAAGAAAUGAAAUCAAUCUUCUAUUUUGCAUAGCUCGGUAAUUCUCUUUUGGAUCUUAGAUGCACACUGAAUUACUUCUAAAUGACAUCUGUUGUUAUAUAAAUGAGAAAACUUCUAAUUACAAUACUAUAUGUGUACACACACGUGAAGUGUGUAUAUACAUAUACAUACAUAUGAAAGAAAUCUCACGCAAGUGUCUUAUUUUUUCAGGAAGUUCACCAUUUACUAGAUUUGGAAGAAAUUGCGACGAAGCGUAUAUAUUGUGAAAUAUGCAUCGGUAUGAUAGAUAUUAAAGAUUAGAAAUUAUGUUUGGUAGAAAUAUAUAUAUAUAUAUCGAAAAAACAAAAAAAAAAGGAAAGAAUUGAAAUGUUUCGAUUGCUUUUGAAGUACGAUAUAAUUUAAAGAGAGAUAUGUUGUAAAAAGAGAGCCUGCAUAGCAUGCCUUCUAAAGAUUACGUUUUAUCGUUUACACGUCCGAUAAUCAUAGAACUUUGAAAUACAUUUACAUUUGUUGUACUUUUUUCUUUUUUCUUUUUUUUUAUAUUACAGAAAGUUGUUUAUAACUUUCGAUCUUUUAUGCUGUGGUAUUUUCACGAAUUAUUAUUAUAUCGUCUAAUGUUUCUUAAGAUUACGAAAAGAUCUCGAUUAGAAAAUUUUAUUGUUACCGUUCGUGUUAUUUUUAUGAAAGAAAGAAGUAAUGUCGUAUGUGUCGCUAAAAAAUGGCAAAAUCGAAUUUAAAAAGGCUACGAAUUGCUUCGAAAGUUAAGGCGUUACGUGGAAAUGUUUAAAGCGAUUUAAAAAUACGCGAGCUCAAAAUGAAAAAUAUAUACGAUUGUUGAUUCUA